CAUUAAACGGAAUGGCAGUUGUAGCCAUCAGUCGCCAACCAACGAGAUGAACUACUUUUCAGUCUUGAUGGUUAUAGUGGAGGGCUCACUUUUGCUCGAUGUUGCUGUUGGUCGUCGAUUCUUCUUUUUUGGCUUUACAAGCAGGCCAAAAAUGUAGAGUUUCAAACUCGAUGAUGAAGUCUGGAAAUGUAGUAUCUGAUGCUCCUCGUCGUGUUAGCUGGAAAAUUAGAGAACCCUACCCUUCAAAAUUAUCAACAAACUAUAACACCAACCAUACUUCAAAAUUUUGAAAUUAUUCCAAAAGUGGAGGAGUUUCAGGAAGAAACACUACAACAGCAAGUUGCAUUUCUCAUUUUCUCUGGUAACUCGAUCAUAUCCCAAGAACUUUGACUUACUAUAUAUACGGUGACACAAAUCCUAAACCAAAACUAUCAUAAAAAACAUUAAGGGUUUUGAUUAAAUCUUUUCUUAGGUUCCAUCAACCACUACAAACAUGGCUUCACCUCCAACACAGAAACCUCAUGCAGUAUGCAUUCCAUAUCCAUCUCAAGGUCACAUAAGUCCCGUGCUCAAACUAGCUAAAUACCUUCAUUUUAGAGGUUUUCAUAUCACCUUUGUUAACACUGAAUUCAAUCACCAAAGACUUCUCAAAUCUAUAGGAUCUGUUAAAGCCAUAGACGAUUUUCAGUUUGAAACCAUACCCGAUGGUCUUCCACCAUCUGAUUCCGAUUCCACACAGGAUAUCCCAUCUCUAUGUGCUUCAGUUCGAGUGAAUUGUUUGGAUUCGUUUGUUGAUCUCAUAACACGGCUCAACAAUUCCCCUGACUUGCCCAAUGUUUCUUGCAUCAUUUCAGAUGGGGCCAUGAGCUUCACGGUCAAAGCCGCAGAGCAGCUUAAUAUACCGGAAGUAGUGUUUUUUACUAUUAGUGCUUGUGGAUUCGUUGGGUAUGCUUAUUACGCCGAGCUUGUUGAAAGAGGUCUAGUACCACUUAAGGAUGAAACUGAUCUAACAAAUGGAUAUCUUGAUACACCGGUUGAUUGGAUUCCUGGGAUGGAAGGGAUUAUGCGGUUAAAAGAUUUUCCGUCCUUUAUGAGAACAACCGAUCCUGAAGCUACCAUGCUGACCGUUAAUAUUGAACAUGUGAGUUUAGCAUCGAGAGCUAAUGGUCUAAUCCUAAACACCUUCGAAGACUUAGAACCAAACGUUCUGAAAACAAUCCGAUCCACAUAUCCUCAUGAAGUUUUCACCAUAGGUCCAAUACACUUACUGGAACAUCAAAUACAGGAAUCCGAGUCGAAAUCAAUUGGUUCAAGUUUAUGGAAAGAAGAUGCAAGUUGUUUAGAAUGGUUAAACCAAUGGGAACCAAAUUCAGUUGUGUAUGUGAACUAUGGAAGUAUUGCAGUUAUGACCGCACACCAAUUAACUGAACUCGCUUGGGGACUUGCCAACAGUAAGCACCCAUUUUUGUGGAUAAUCCGACCCGAUAUUGUAUCCGGUGAUUCUGCAAAAGUACCCCAAGAGUUCUUGGAAGAGACUAAAGGAAGAGGUAUGAUAGCUAGUUGGUGUCAACAAGAGCAAGUUCUUGCCCACUCAUCGAUUGGUGUAUUCUUAACACAUUCAGGAUGGAAUUCAACUAUGGAAAGUAUUUCUGAGGGUAUUCCAAUGAUAUGUUUGCCAAGUCACGCGGAACAACAAACUAAUUGUCGGUAUGUAUGCACGGAAUGGGCAAAUGGUUCUGAAAUUGAUGCAGCAGACGUGAAGAAAGAUGAAGUUGAAAGGUUGGUUAGAGAAAUGUUGGAUGAAGACAAGGGUAAGGAGAUGAGAAAGAAAGCUUUAGAUUGGAAAGAAAAGGCUCAAUCUUCUGUUAAGCCAGGUGGAUCUUCUUAUGUGAAUAUCGAAAGACUAAUUAAUCAUGUGUUACUUGAAAACAGUAAUGCAGUUUCAGAAACAAAAGCCAAUUAGUGGUACAAUCUGAAAAUGUUCGAUUUAAGAGUUGUUGCGCCAAUAAAUUGAUUCUGGGUUAGACCCGGAAUCAGUUCCUGCGGGUGUCGGAAAUGUUUGCAUGUUUUCUUUUUGAAACUUUCUCACCGUUUAGAAGAAAAUAUAUGUAAUGAAAAAUGGCAUACAUCCAGAGUUCAUUUUGUCAAAUGCAUGGCAUAAGUUAAUUUUUUGUGUAUUUUUUUGUUGUUACUGAAGUUAAUUAAUUUUAUGUUUAGUUGUUUUUACCGAA